UGGAUGGAGUCACAAAAUUAAUAUGAAGGAACAUGGCUUCUGAUGAUUUUAUUUACGGUUGUUUGUUGAUAUUUUCAGUGUUUUUUGGAGUGAUAAUAAAAUACUCUAAAGAUGAAGGUGUUAAAAGAAUAGUAACAACUGUUGUUGGGGUGGUUAUGGUCACAAUAAUAUGUCGCUUUCAUGCCUUACAUUCAUUAAUAGCGAUUUUGGUUAAUUGCUUACUGGUGAAAUCUAUUUCACCGAGGCACAUCCAUAAAGUAAGCUUUAUUUGGGCUUUUGGUUAUUUGGCCUUUUUUCGAACUGUUCAUCAUCUUGGUAUACCUGCACCACCGCCAUUAUCAAAUGCUGUUCAAUUAUUCAUUACAUUAAGGCUUGUUGGGUUAGCAUUUGAAAUUCAUGAUUCCAGUAAAGUGACUGAAGAUACACAGGAUUGUAAAUUAUUAAAGAAAUAUAAUAAUGUACAUCAGUGUAAUAUAUGGGAGACAUUUAGUUACUCCUAUUGUUAUAUUGGAUUAUUAACAGGUCCUUAUUAUAGAUAUAGUGUUUACUCAUACCUGCUUAAACAACAGAAUAGUGAUAAAAUACCAACAUUUCAACCACUAUGGGAGAAAAUCAAACCACUUCCAGUUAUCAUGGGAACAUUUUUCUUCCUUUCUCAUUACCUUAGUGUAGAGUAUGCCAAAACAGAUGAAUUUUACGAAAGAUCUUUUUUAUACCGACUUCUAUUCAUGGUUCCAAUGUUUAUGAUAUUCCGUACUAGACUGUACAUUGCAUGGAUACUGUCAGAAUGUAUGUGUAUGACAUCUACACUAGGGGCUUUUCCAGUUGAAGCUAAAGCAAGAUGUGGACAGGGGCCAACAGAUUUAACAGGUUUAGCAGAAAGUGAAAAGAAAGAACAAGAAUCUUUAGAAUAUGAUUAUGAAACUGUUCAUAAUUUAGAUAUUUAUGGAUGUGAAUUGGCUCCUAAAACCAAAGAUGGUUUAAAAGCGUGGAAUAUGACAGUGCAGUACUGGUUAGCUGCGUAUGUUCAUAAACGGGUAACAAUAAAGUCACUUAAGGUAACAUUAACAAUGGCUGUGAGUGCGUUUUGGCAUGGUAUACAUCCAGGGUACUAUCUAUCAUUUCUAACAGUACCCCCGAUUUUAAUGGCUGAACAAGCUAUGAUUAAUGCAUUUAGAAAAGAUGCUUCUCCAGAAAAACAGGCCCGCUUCGAUUGGGCAUGUUGGUUUUGUAAAAUGCGUGGGUUUGACUAUAUGUGUAUGGGAUUUUUAUUACUUGGUGCACGAGAAACCAUACGCUACUGGUCAUCUAUAUACUAUAUAGUACAUGUAGUAACUUUAUUAUUUUUUAUCAUUGGAUCUCUUGUAGCAUUAAAGAAGCACAAUACAACUAAAAAAGAUUAGCAUUCAAGUAGACCCAUAUUAUAAAAGCAGUGGUAAUAAGCAUUCGUAACUUGUUAACCAUUGCAACACUUGAUAGGUCAACUUAGUAGACUAAUCUAAUCAAAACUGUUAUGUGUUGUGUUAGUACUUUGAUCAUUCAAACAGUCAUCGACUAUGCUUUUCAUAUGAAUCAAGCUGUAUGGGUUGAAUUCUUGUGGCAAUUAUGUCAAGUCAUAGUAAUAUACCUGAAGAAGACUGGGGUGAUUUCUUCAUAAGGUCUGUUUGUAUGAUUAACUUACCUCUAACUAAGUCGAUAUAGAGCUGGACCAGAGGAAGAUCACAAACCAGAAACACCGCUUUACCAUAAUAAGUUUAGCAAUGAUUGAAAAAGCUGAUAAUGCUCAUAACCAUUGCUUCAGAAAUAUUAAGUAGAUAGAUCCUUAAA